AUGUCUAGCAAGACCUAUGACUAUGGGGAUCUAAGAGUCACCAUGACAGACUCUUAUCAAUGGUCCUGGGAUGAUCGUGGAAGUGGCGCCAGACGAGACAUAUGUGUUUGGACUCCAGUCUUCCAAGGAAGUCUCCGCCCCUUGGGCCACUACGCUGAUCCAAACCGAUACUCUGAGAUCAAUGGCAAGCGCGCAUCACUUCUUGUUGGACAAAACCCGAACACGAACCCAUCCAAGCCAGCAGUUGCCCAACCGGUUGAUUAUAACCUGGUUUGGACAGACAAGGGAAGUGGCGGCAAGUACGACGGAGCCUUCUGGCGCCCAAUUCCGCCCAACGGAUAUAUAGCCUUGGGAGAUGUUUGUACAAGUUCGUGGAAUAAACCUUCCACCGGGGACAUCUGGUGUGUUCGAAAAGACUUCUUUGUCAAUGGGUCAUUCUCCACUACGAGUGUCUGGGAUGACAAAGGCUCUGGGUCCAGGUCGGACGUCUCCGUUUGGGAGAUUAAGCCUGCACCCAUGGGCGUUCAAGGCUCUGCCUACUUGCCAAUAGAGGGAGAUACUUUCCGAGCUCAGGGAAACUAUUCACACCCGGACAAUGAGGCUGCGCCUGUCUUACAGCUUCCUGUUGGCAAAAACUACCAUCGAUUUGAAGCCGAUGCCCCUUUGAUGGAAGCAAAUCAGCUUCCGGAGAAGGGAGAGCGAUUUUAUCAUCAGCCGCAGUGCAGUAUAACACUGCCUUUCCACUGCUUCUUCAGCCCAAAUAGCAAGGCUAGCUUAGCAAACAUCCGCAGUCCCUUUUUGACCAUUACUAAGUCCAUUGCCUGGUACGCAGAAUGUGUGUGGGUGAAUCGGACUGACGAGACAGUUUGGCAUCAAGAGAACAUCCGAUAUGGUGUCAAUAAGGAGAAGCGGGAGGAGAUCAAAGGCAACGUUGGUGUUGAAUUCUCGUCUACAAAGGGCGUUGUUCUCUCCAAUUCUGGCUUGACGCUCAACUAUCAGUUCGCGGACAACAGUUCGAGAUUCCUUCCAGAAUAUAGCGUAAGAGAAUCCGCAGAAAGCUUUGAAAUUCCACCAUCUACUGCCUCGGCACUCUUUACACAGCGUACUUGGAUCAAAUGUUCUCCCACGGGCAGUGAUAUUGUGGUAGGAGAAGCGGAAAUUCUCCAGAGCACUGAUUAUCGCUACAAAGGUUGCGUCCUAUAA